UCAUCACGAUCCAGCUAAAAAGAAAAUCCGACAGGGAAAACCUGCGGGUUCUGCGCGCGACCUGACGCCCGAGUCCGGAAAGUUGUGAAGUUUACUUAAGAUCUGUUAUAUAUCGCAGCCCGUCAGAUCAUAAAAUGUCUGGAGAUCAUAAGGAGGCCAUGAAUAUAUAUUGUGUUACACUCAGUGGACCUGCCCCCUGGGGUUUUCGUCUUCAGGGAGGCAAAGACUUCAACAUGCCCCUGACUGUGUCCAGGUUGAUCCCAGGCGGCAAGGCAGCCCAGGCCGGAGUGGGUGUUGGAGAUUGGGUUGUGUCCAUCUGUGAGGCCAACGCCGAGGAAAUGACCCACGUGGAGGCACAAAAUAAGAUCAGAGCCGCGACAGACGCCCUCACCCUCACUUUGAGCAGAGCUUUUGAUCCAGCUGGAGGAGAGCAGAAGAAAACGUUCACGCCCGUAUCCAGUCACCCCAAGUACUCGUUCGCACCUAGCACGGCCAUAAACAAGAUGGCACGGCCGUUCUCCGCAGCUUCUGGCAAUGGCAGCACGGGGCCCAUCAUCAAGCCAGUGUCGUAUGCCCCCAAGUUUAACUCCAGCUCGCAGGUGCCGAGCAGCACGCCACAGCCUCACAAUGGAGGUGAAGCUUUCUAUGAGGAGCUGUACCGUGAGGGAAAGCACGGUUUGCGGGUGGACAACAUGGCCUGCUUCAUCCCCAACGAUCGCAGUAAGAAGAGACUGAUCCAGGAUACGGAGGAUUGGCAGCCGCGCACCGGCACCACCCAGUCUCGUUCUUUCCGAAUCCUGGCUCAGCUCACGGGAACUGAUUUCAUGCAGGACCCAGAUGAUGAGAUCAUGAAAAGGUCCAGUAAGACUGGCACCACGAGAGAUCCGCUCGCUCCCUCAACAUCAAGUCCUGAACCGCCAGCUAAAGCGCAAACAAGUUCCGGUCCGUCCUGCCGCCCCCCGUGGGUGACGGACCCCGGAUUCGCCGACCGCUACCACCCGGAUAAGACCAGCACGGUCGUGACCCAGCACACGCAGCCCGUCCAACCCACACCCAUGCAGAACCGCAGCUCCAUCAUGCAGGCGGCCCAGCAGAACCCCGGCGACACCAGCGGGCGCACGCCGCUCUGUGCAGCAUGCAACAAGAUCAUCAGGGGACGCUAUGUGGUGGCACUCGGUCGUUCCUGGCACCCAGAGGAGUUUACUUGCUGUCAGUGUAAAAGGGUCUUGGACGAGGGGGGCUUCUUUGAAGAGAAAGGCUCCAUUUAUUGUACCAAGUGCUACGACAACCGUUAUUCACCCAACUGUGCCAAAUGCAAGAAGAAGAUAACCGGGGAGAUCAUGCAUGCCCUGAAGAUGACCUACCACGUCCAGUGCUUCCUGUGCGCUGCCUGCAAAAUGCCCAUCAGGAACCAGGCCUUCUACAUGGAGGAGGGAGAGCCCUACUGCGAGAAAGACUAUGAAAAGAUGUUUGGUACCAAAUGCCACGGCUGUGACUUCAAGAUUGAUGCGGGCGACCGCUUCCUCGAGGCGCUGGGAUACAGCUGGCAUGACACUUGCUUUGUCUGCGCUAUCUGCCACAUCAAUCUGGAAGGGAAGACCUUCUUUUCAAAGAAGGACAAGCCGCUGUGUAAAAGCCACGCCUUCACGCCGGUGUGAGGCUCCGCCUUUGUUCUUCGGAGGAGUGGCAGGAGCAUCAGCUGGAGGGUCUAUAGCUACUGUAUGCUAAACAAGACCAAAUACUUUACUUGAAGCCUGCAACAUAUGGCCGACUGACAAAGUGAUGGAUAACGCUGCUACUCUGGCUUUCGCUGGCUGUUAGCAGCUUCCAUCAGCAUUUACAAAGUGCGAGACAUUCAGCUCAGCGCAGACCUGAACGAUGGCCUCGGUUUCACUGUAACGAUGCCAGUCGUUCAACUGGAAUGAGUAGCUCAUGACGCAACCACCAAUGGUAGAAAGAAGCCAGUGCGAGUAACAAGGCAUUUCGAUGAAGUAUUUUAGCUGUCCCUCCAUCCUUGCUCCUCUCCACCCCUUCUAGUAUUUUUGCAGUAUUUAUGUUGCUCUCUAAACACCUGAAUUUAAUUGCACAUUCCUCAUAAACCUACACUUAUUAGAUGGCUCAAUUUUCUUUAUGCUCACUUAUUAGAGAUAAUUGGUUUCGGCGUGUGGGUGUGUGAAUCUCACAGAACUUGGCCAGGUUUAACCCUUCAUUAAGAUAAAGAGAGAAGACAUUUUAAAGAGAUAGUUCACCAAAAAAUAAAGACUCAUUUGAUCAGCCAAAUGAUAUUCCAAUAUGCCCGUUUCAUCAGUGCAAUACAAAAGACGAUAUUUUGAAAAUGUUGUUUCACUGUUUAUGCGUCUAUACAAUAGAAGUCAAUGGUAAAACAAUGUCAUUUGAUUAACGCUUUUUUUAUAUCUUUUGUGCAGAAAAAAGUCAUGCACGUUUGAAUGACAUGAGGGUGAACAAACGAUGAUAGAAUAUAAAAUUUUGGGUGAACUAUUUCUUUAAUUCUUUAAAAUUUCUUCAUUUAUUUAAGGGGAUAGUUCAUCCAAAGAUUCUGUCGUCAUAUAUUCACCCUCAUGUAGUUUAAGACCACUAUAUGACUCUUUCUUCAGUGGCACACAAAAGAAAAUAUUUUAAGAAAUGUUUCAGUGGUUUUGUGUUUACAAUGUAAGUCAAUGGGAUUCAGUGUUGUCUGUAUUGACUUGAGGGUGAGAAAAUGAAGAAAGUAUAAUUUUUGGAUGAACUAUCCCUUUAAGUCAGCUGUUGAGAUUUUUGGCAUGUUUUCAUGAAUGUGAAGCCCCAAUUCUCAUUAAUGUAAAACCUCUCAUUGCUGUAACUGUAAUACAGAAAAAGAGAUAUGAUAAGUUCUGAUUUAAAUAAGAAAUGGGAUUGUUACAGCAUUAGGUAAUGAAAACAAAUAAUGAAAAAUACCAAUAGAAACUGUCAAAUCUGACAAAAAUUAUACAUUUUGGUGAAAAUGCAUUAAAAUCUCGUUUAAAGAAUAUAUGCAAACGUACAUUUAAAAAAAUCUAAACAUUUUGGUGUCAUUGCCCAACAUAUGUCUUAUUUUUUGUAAUUUUGAUUUUACCCUAUAAUGUCACUAUUUUGUUGCCAACCAAAGUUCUGUCUUUGUCGCAAAUAAGGCUGAAGCGUUUUCCAUGCAAUGAUUGAAGCAAUCUGGUCUUUCUCAGAUCCAUACAAUCUGUAUUGUAGUGUAAAGCAUAGAGCAUGUGAUCUACUCAGGCAUGAUCUUAAAGUGGCCCCUCAAUCCUCAAGAUGAUCCGUAGCCUACUAUUUGUCUGAUAUAGUCUGAUUUAGUCUGAUUUGCUGUGCAGGGGUACUUAAGGUAAUGGCAAACCACAGUGGAAUAAAACGCUCCUGGCAGCUAGACUGAAAUACAUUAGCACUGAUUGCGUGCGUUUCAUCCUGACCCAACCAAUCGUCUUUACACGGCUUCAAUACUAAACAUGCUACAUCUCAUCCCAAAGGGGUUCCAAUUAUGAAAAGGCAUAUGAUCAUAUAAUGAAAUGUUAUAUGGUCACCAUCAUAGACGUGUGGUGCCAAAGAAGUCUCACAAAUGUUCACUCUGCUCCGCAAACUGUUUUGUAUCUUAUUUUGUACAAAAGUGCCACCGUGUUUACAUGGAGAGUACCACAACAUAAAUCCCAUCAUGCCUUGAUCGCAAUCUUCUGUGCCGGAAGAAACACUCCUCAAAUAUCCUGUUCUUAGAAAGCUUGUUUUUGUGAGCCACUCAGAUUUUGUACUUUUUGUAUCGAUAGUGUUUUAUGUACCAAGUGCCUUUUUUUAUAGCUUUGCAACUAUUAUGUGUGUCAUUGAAAAGGGUGAACUGCUGUAUUGUUGUGCACGUUAUAGAGGUUUCUAUGUGAAGAUGCGAAUCAUUUAUAAAGAAAUUUAGACAUUAGUCAAUAAAUCACCUGCAUUGACCUUGUUU